AUGCCACACAACGACAGCAUCAAGGGGAAAAAUUCCCUAUUUUGUGCAUACACUGUCCGAACAGACUGGGUUCGGAAACAUCUAAAUUCAAUUAAAAGUACAAAACUUUGCAUGCUGAUCAACACAGUUCGCGUGUUUCGAGCCUACGAGCGAUGUGAGCGUGACAGAGAUCCGCGAGAAAACAAAACAUCACUUUCACAUUCAUUCCUCAUAUCCGUUAUCCUUUUCCCUAUUCCUGAUUUUGCUAACGAGAAGUUACACCCGAGCUUGUCCGAUCUUGUCCGAACGAUUUCCGAAUAUCGUGUCGUACUGUUAAAAUGGCCGCUUGGAGAGUACUUCAAGAACACAGUCAAGAAGAAUCUUGAAGUGUCUCUGGAUUAUGAAAUUCAUUUCAACAAUGGAAAAUUCAGAAUUGAUUGUAAAGGACUGAACGGGCUGCUAGUCAACAAAACAAAGCGUAGCUCUGCUGUCCUAUGCGAUGGUGAUGUUGUUGUCUUUGGAGGUGCUGGCGUUAAAACGAAAGAAGGACAGAGUUUGUCAGCUUACGAUUCGGAGCUUGUGUAUGUUUUUAAUGAGGUCUGCCAGAAUGAUUCUGAAGAAGUGGGCUCCCUUGGGGAAGGAACAAGCGAUGGAAGCGUGCGAAGGCGAAGCAAACGGAAAAAGCCCGCAUCACUAAGUGAAGGAGUGAGCUCUCCAUGUGAAAAGAAGACUAAAGGCAGCAUGGACGAUAAGCAGGUUUUUGAAGUUGAUCAAAAAGCUGAUCCACAGGAAGAAGUAAACAUCAGUGAAGAUGACAGCAGAUCAAAGAAGUGCUUGAAAGAUUUAAAUGAGGAGCUACUUUGCUGUAUCUGUCGUGAACUGAUGGUAUUGGCACACACUUUGCCUUGCUCACACACUUUCUGUUUUGGUUGUAUCAGGGACUGGCUUUGUCAUUCAAAAGACUGUCGAGCAAAGGCUCAACUCAAGUCUGCUGUACCAGUGAAGGUGCUAGACAAUACAAUAAACAAAGUAGCAGAAGAAGUUCUUUCUCCAGAGGAACUUGAAGAAAGGCAGCUGAAAAUUCAGCUGCUUAAGCCUCCUACAUGUGACUGGUAGUGUGUUAAAUAGCUUUUUGUGAUGCUUUCAGUGCUACUGACUCCCACAGAAAAAGAGCAGCAUCCCCAUCUGUACCCACACCCCAUACUCAUGACCCCCUCCAAGGACUGCACCCGAAGAGGCUGCUCCCAAGGUAAGUCUGGACAAGCUGUGAAUUCAUCAAAUAGGAAAUUAUAAGAUUAAAUAAGAAGAUUAAAUAUGAGAUGGCAGCUUAACCUGU